CGGGAGGAAGCAAGGAGAGCGGCGGGCGCGCGGCGCGCAAGCUCCCGCCCGGGUGGCACAAGCUGGCUGGUCGCCUACGCCCCUCUGAGUGAAGUGACUCCGCACCCGGCCCUGCAGGAAGCGCGCUCUGAUUGACAGUUGCCGUGUCCCAAAAAGGCGCGGCGAAGAUGCUGAUCUGCGGGUGGGUCUAGACCCGCGGCCGGCGCGCUGGGUGCCAGCUCCCCUUCGCGCCCAUCUAGGGUUCCGUCGCCUCCUGGCUGCCGAGGCGCGGGGCAGAGACCCCACCGGCGAGCCUGCUUCGCGGCCCCUGCUCACGAUGCACUGCCACGCGGAGCUGAGGCUGAGCUCGCCCGGCCAACUGAAAGCAGCCAGGCGGCGCUACAAGACUUUCAUGAUCGACGAGAUCCUCUCCAAGGAGACCUGCGACUACUUUGAAAAACUUUCCCUCUAUUCCGUGUGCCCGUCGCUGGUCGUACGACCCAAGCCUCUGCAUUCCUGUACCGGCCCUGCUUCCCUUCGGGCAUAUCCCGUCCUCUCGGUGAUCACUCGGCAGCCCACAGUCAUCUCUCCCCUGGUCUCCACCACCCCGGGAAUCACCCAGGCGCUGUCCCGCCACCCCACUGCCGAGGCUGCCUCUGCAGAGGCCCCGGGCUGCGAGGCCCCAGGCAGCAGUGAGUCAGAGACAGAGCAGCUCACUCACCGGCAGAAGAAACCUCGCCGGAGUCGGACCAUCUUCACCGAGCUGCAGCUCAUGGGCCUGGAGAAGAAGUUCCAGAAGCAGAAGUACUUGUCCACCCCAGACAGGUUGGACUUGGCCCAGUCUCUGGGACUCACUCAACUGCAGGUAAAGACUUGGUACCAGAAUCGCAGGAUGAAAUGGAAGAAAAUGGUUCUUAAAGGUGGACAGGAAGCACCCACAAAACCCAAAGGUCGCCCCAAGAAGAACUCCAUUCCCACCUCAGAAGAGAUUGAAGCUGAAGAGAAGAUGAACAGCCAGGCCCAGAGCCAGGAGAGCCUCACGGCCUUGCAGGGAGGGGAGGAGCUCUGUGACACGCAGGAACCGAAAUCUCAUGAUGUCCCCUUGGAGGUGGCAGAGCCCCCAGGCCCGCCACAGGAGUUGCCAGCAGCCUCUUCCGAACCCCCACCAUCAAGCUAAAAUAGAAUCCUUUGAAGGGAGAGGGAGACUGGGAGGCAGGAGAAGAGAGAAGGCAGGAGAAUAGGGAGAGAAAAACCUCUUAGGAAACCUGGUAAACUGAGGGAGAAUGGGUUCGCCUGUCUCCUUCCCUCCCACAGGUCUUGGUCGUGUGGUCACUGGUCAUUGCAAGCAUUUGAGGACGACUUCCUUGCCUUAGGCCCUUCUCUUCCUGAAAGGAUGCUUUUGCCACAGGGUGCCCUGCAUAAAGGGAGACAGUGCCUUGGAACUGCCUGUCCCAGCUGGGGUGACGGCUGUGGGGGCUGGGCAGGAGCCCCACCUGUCAUACUGGAGGAUGGCCCUGGCUCUCUCCCCGCCAGCCUCUGGGCAGCCAGUCAUCCAAGCAGAAACAUAGGGAGGACUUGGGCAGCCUGCCCAGGUUCCUUGCUGACUCAGCACUUAUUUUGGUAGUUUUAAAAGAGAAUUUAAUGUUUUGGUUGUUGUUGGGGGGGGGUGGGUUGGUGAGGGCAGUCUGAACAAGUUGGGGGAAGGGAGUUCUGAGUUACUGCAAUUGUUUCUGAAUAAAGUUUGUUUGUUUGAAAAUAUGUGUGCCUUGGAACCCAUUCUAAGAUGGGCAGGUGACUUAAGAACCGAUAAGCCUUGUUUUUCUUGCUUCAUUAAGUUGCCAUCCUUGAAGUUGCAAUGCAGAUA